AUGACAGACGAGAAGCUCCAGCUCCGCGACAUGGAGAGCAACUCGGACGCAGGUGCCAAGAAGAGGCGAGAUGGCGGCGGCCGCCCCCCGGGCACCUACGAGCGGCUGAUCCAGCCAUGUGUGGCCGAGCUGGUGGGCACGGCUUUCUUUGUGUUCGUCGGCUGCGUCUCGGUCAUCGAGAAUGUGGAGGCGGCGGGGAGGCUGCAGCCAGCCCUGGCACACGGCCUGGCAGUGGCCGUCCUGGUGGCCUGCCUGGCAGAGGUCAGUGGUGCCCAUUUUAACCCACCAUUCACUCUGGCGGUGUACCUCUGUGGUGGCAUCCCGAUGAAAAUGGUGGUGCCAUACAUUGUGUGCCAGCUGAUCGGGGGAGUGCUGGGGGCAGCCAUGUCAAAGGUGAUGACGUCGGCGGAACACUAUGCCACUGCUGAGGGUGCAGCGUUUGCUGUGGUCCAAUCAGACACGCAGUUGAUGGCCGCCAUCUUCGGAGAGGUGGCCAUGACGUGUCUGGUCACUACGGUGGUGCUGAUGAGUGCGGUCAACUCUAAGAGCAAGAGCCCCAUGGCGCCCUUCCUGAUUGGCUGCACUGUCAUCGUCAACAUCUUGGCGGGGGCUGAUGUGUCCGGCACCUGCUUGAACCCCGCCAGGGCUCUGGGCCCAGCCGUGCUGAGAGGCUACUGGACGUACCACUGGGUGUACUGGGUGGGUCCCCUCUCAGGGGGCCUGGUGGCCGUGGUGAUAGUAAGGCUUCUGCUUGGGGACCAGAAACUGCGCGUCAUCCUCAAGUAA